AUGAAUAUACUACGUAACAAUCAGCUGAAGCUGUUAUGCUCCCGUUUAAUUACCUCUACAAAGAUCACACAGGCGACGGCGAAUCAAAGUACCCAGGCUGCUGCCACGGAGAAAAAAUUCAUUGUUGAAUCUCUGGAUCAACGGCAAUUGGUACGUGUUAAGGGUGAAGAUGUCAUACCUUUCCUGCAAGGUCUCACCACAAAUGACAUAAGGCAGCUGCAGUCAUCACACACCGGAUCACUGUAUACAAUGUUCCUAAAUAAAGCCGGACGGGUAAUGUACGAUGCCAUUGUCUAUAAAUCCCCCAGUGACAGUUCAACAAUUCUGAUUGAAUGUGAUCAGGAGGUAUGCAACGAAUUAAUGCGUCAUUUAAAGCUUUAUCGGGUGAGAAGGAAAAUCCAAAUCGAUAGCAUAGCUGAUGAAUUAAAGGUUUGGUGUGUAUUUCAAAGUGGUGGAGGCCCAGCUGCUGUACUUCCCCAAAUGCCGGUGGAUAAUAUGGAUAUUAUAAAUGAUCCAAGAUUACCGGAAUUGGGUUACCGUUUAUUAGCAACAUCCGACCGAACUUCCGAAGAAAUUUCCAAAUUACUCAAGAAUUUAUCAAAUAUUAAAAUUGAACUUUCCAAUGGCGGCAAUAAUUAUCGACUGCAUAGAUAUAAACUGGGUGUGGCCGAAGGAAUGCAAGAUAUGCCACCCGGUAAACAAUUUCCCCUGGAAGCUAAUUGUGAUCUCUUAAAUGGUGUUAGUUUUAACAAAGGUUGCUACAUUGGACAGGAGUUGACAGCAAGAGUUCAUCACACAGGUGUCAUACGUAAACGGCAUAUGCCGGUAAUUUUGAAAAAUUCUUUAAGUGAAAAAUCUUCAUAUUCGGUGUGUAAUGAUGCCGAUGCCAAAGUGGGCAACAUCCUUGGUAGUGUGGAAACAAAUGCCUUGGCUUUAAUACGAAUUGAAAAGACAUUGAAAUCCAAAGAAUUGACUAUUGAUGGGAAGCCAUGUUCUGUAGAGAUACCUAAAUGGUGGCCACCGCUAUUGUUAAAUAAUAUUCUGGCAAGAGAAGAAGCUUGA